CUAAACGCGCGUCUAAUGCGUCUAGACAGCGUCUAAACGCUAGUCGGCCGGUUGGCGUCUAGUUUAGGCCCUGGGCGCAGCUUUAGACGGAAAUCCCGUCUAGACGGUCGUAGACGGUCAAAAACGGUCUAAACGACGCCGCUGGACGUUACCUGAACACGAUUAGACGGCAAGGCGCGCGCCUAGUCGGCCGUUUAGGCGAUGGACGGGUGGAGUUUUGGUGCCAUAGAAUGGCCGUGCGCGCGAAAGGAAUGGCCAGGCACGCGAAAGGAGUUUUGACGCCGUUGGACGUUACCUUUUCCCCUUUCUAGCUUGUUUGGAGCUCGAAUCGAGUCGCGGCCGUCGGUCGAACUAGCUCCAUCGCCUCCCGCCGGACCGCGACGCCUGGCCACUUCUCCAUCGCCCUUCCUCAGCACCUCCCGCCGGACUGCGACGCCCGGCCGCUCGCGCCGCGUGCCCGAUUCCUCCGCACCGCCUCCCGCCAGACCGUGACGCCCGGUGCCCGCUUCCUCCGCGCCGCUUGCCCGCCGGACCGCGACGCCCGGCCGCUUCUCCAUCGCCCUUCCUCAGCACCUCCCGCCUGACCGCGAAGCCCGGCCGCUCGCACCGCGUGCCCGCUUCCUCCGCAUCGCCUCCCGUCGGACCGCGACGCCCGGCCGCUUCUCCAUCGUCCCCCUUCCUCAGCACCUCUCGUUCCUCGCGCCUGUGCUUUCUUCCUCCGCAGAUCCGCACUGCUCAGGUCGGUGGCCAGGGGAUCCCUCUCCCUCUCACUUUCUGACUUUCAUUGCUAUUCCUUUGUGAAAUUGAGUUGAUUUACAAAUUGUUUUUUAGAUUAGUCCAAUAAAUCAGAGAUGUCGUCUGCUGCAUCAGCUCCGUCCGCCAACUCUACGCGUACUAGCUUGAAGAGGAAUUCCAGUGACAUAGGGUGGGAGCAUGGAACCUUGGUGAAUCCAAAUGACUUGAAUGUGGUUAAGUGCAACUAUUGUAAUAAGGUUGUAAAGGCAGGAAUAUACAGGCUGAAGUGCCAUAUUGCGGGAGAAAAAGGGGUCACAACUUGCGUGAAAGCAACACCUGAGGCUGUACUUCAGUGCAAAAAUGCUAUAAAUGAGUCAAAGAGAAGCAAAGUUGCUAGGCUACAAAGUGAGCAAGAGAUGAGAGAUGAUGUGAUCAUUGACGUCAGGGAUGAUGGGGAUUUGACUAAUGGCAAUGCUGAAGGGCUUGACAAUGUUGGAGAAUCGGCACCUCAGAAAAUGGGGCCUAUGGAUAAGUUCACAAUGCCCAUGGAUCCAAGUUCCAUGGGCAAAACAAAGGUAGUACGGCAGCAAAAGAUCAGUGAAGCAAUAUGGAAAGAGAGAAUGCAUAUGUUGAAGCGUUACAUUGCGAAGUGGGUGUACGUACACGGAAUACCUUUCCAUGCCAUCAACAAUGUAGAGUUUGACCAAAUGUUAGAAGCAGCUGGCCGCUUUGGCCCCGGUGCAAAAAAACCAAAUCAACAUGAGCUGCGGGAGAAAUUGUUAUAUGAAGAAGUGGAGGAUACCAAGAAGUUGUUGAAGGUGCAAGAAGUAGACUGGGCCAGCAAUGGGUGCUCCAUUAUGACAGAUGCAUGGACUGACCAAAAGAGGAGAAGCAUCAUGAAUCUUUGUUUGCAUUGCAGCAUUGGCACAAGCUUUCUUGAAUCAAAGGAGGCCUCAGAUGAGUCACACACUGGACAGGUUAUCUUUGACUAUGUGAAUAGCUGUAUUGAGCGAGUAGGUGCUAACAAUGUUGUGCAAGUAGUCACGGAUAAUGCUUCAAACAACAUGGCAGCAAAGGACUUGAUGUAUGUGGAGAGGCCCAAUAUAUUUUGGAGCUCAUGUGCAACUCACACCAUCAAUUUGAUGCUUGAAGGAAUUGGAAAGAUGAAAAGGUUCAAGAACACAAUUGAGCAAGCAAAGGCAAUUACCAUCUUUAUAUAUUCACACCAUAAAACAUUGGCUUUGAUGAGGAGGUUUACAAAGAAGAGAGAUAUUGUUAGGCCUGGUGUGACAAGAUUUGCUUCCUCUUUUCUCACUUUGCAAAGUUUGUAUGAAAAGAAGGGCCAACUAAGGGCAAUGUCUCAAUGCGAGGAAUGGGACAAAUUCUGCCGGCUGAACCACAUCAAGAAGAACAAGAAAGCUGUCCAAGCCACAGGUACAAUGGUGAAACCUGCCUUUUGGAGUGGGGUUGCUCUUUGCUUGAGGGUGUUUGAGCCAUUAAUCAAAGUUCUUCGCAUGGUUGAUGGGGAUAUCAAGCCAUCAAUGGCCUUUCUUUAUGGAGAGAUUCAAAAGGCAAAGAAAGAAAUCAUGGUGGGGAUUGGGAAUGCCGACAAGACCGGACAUCUCUACAAUAAUGUCAUAGAGAUCAUUGAUGCAAAGAUGAAGGAUAGGCUUGACAGUCCUUUGCACUUGGCUGCAUACUUCUUGAAUCCAUAUUAUGGUUACAAUGAUCCAUCUAUCUUCACAGAUGAGCAUGUCAUGGAUGGGUUCAUUAGUGCUGUUGAAACAUUUUACCAUGGUAAUUAUGACAAGCAAAGUCAAGUGCUCAAUGAGGAGUUGUACAAGUAUAAAGAUAAACUAGGACACUUUGCAAAACCUGUAGCAAAGCUUGGCUGCAAUGAUUUUGAUUUCAGCCCAGCUAAAUGGUGGGGCACAUAUGGAACACAGGUUCCAACAUUGCAAAUGAUGGCCACAAGGAUGCUCUCUUUGACUUCUAGUUCUUCCGGUUGUGAAAGGAAUUGGAGUUGUUUUGAAGGGAUUCAUACAAAGAAAAGAAAUAAGCUGACUUGUGAGCGCCUCAACCAACUUGUCUUUGUUCAAUACAACAACAAAAUGCAUAGCAAAAAAGAGAAGGCCAAGAAGAACAAGAACAUGGAUCCCCUUCUACAAACUGAAGCAUCUAAGGCUCAAGGGUGGCUGAUUGAAGGUGGAGAUGAAGAAGAUAUUGAGCCGGUUACGGGGCUGACAUGGAAAUUAAUUGAAGAGGCAUGUGGAGCUGAUGAGGUCACUAAGCUUCGUAGGAGUGCAAGAUUGUCUCAAGAAAGAGAUAUUGAUGAAGAAGUCUUCGAGUCCGACGCCGUAGAAGAACCAAUCAAUGAGGAGGAAAUUGAGUUCGAAUCUGACCAAGAAGAAGUUGUCCCAAUAAUGGAAUAUGAGGGAGAGGGGGAGAAUGACAAUUAGUCGCUGCAUUUGAUCAUCAUAUUUAUUAUCACUUAUCACCUAUAAAUUAUCCAUCAUUUAUCAUGCUUGCAGCUUGUUAUGUACUUAUGUUUGUGAGAAACUAAGAACUAUGGCUGUCUAUGUCACUUGUCAUGUCUCUAUAUGUGAGAUGUGAGAACUAUUUUAUAUUCUGGGCUAUUUGUAAGAACCAUGUCUGUCAUUCACCUAUCAAUUAUCUAUCACUCGCUCUAUGUCUAAUUGUCUAUGUCGUUUCUAUCAAUUACUUGAUAAAUGAUAACUGAUAUUUGGACUGUUUAUAAGUCUUACUGAUAUUUGCCAUAUUCUUUUGUAGGAAGAGAAGCCAAUUGGUGGAUGAGACAUCCCCAAGGUUCUCAAAGACCAGCAGCUUGAAAUGGCUGCUGCUUGCAAAGAAAUAUAACAAACUGAACAUUAGCCUCUAUAAGGUAUGCCACAAAUCUCAUUUUGUUGCACAUUUUUGGUGCUACAGUACAUAACGUUUAAACCGUUUAAAUCGUCUAGACGGUCGUUUAGACCGUUUAGACGCUAGACUGCGGGUGACCGUCUAAGGAGCGUUUAGCGUCUAGGAUAACAUUG